AUGUCUUGUCUAUUUAUGUUUUUCAUUCCCAGUCCCGUUACAGCUACACAAUCAAACUCAACUAUCCAGAAACCAAUCGUGAUUUUUUCUUCACUUAACGUGUCUCCCAACAAAGUGAUAGCUCAUCAACCAGUUUCCAAUUCAAAUGCUCCAUCUUUAGUCCAAUUUGAGUUGGAGACGCAAGAAUCACGUCAGAAAAAUCGUCGCCAGUCUUACAACCACAAGUCUAAACCCAAGCGAACUCAGUACCAGAAUCACAACCGUCACUCGGACGGGAAAAAGGGGAAAGGGGGCUACUACCAUACAGACUCGUACAAAGGGAACAAAGGAUAUUCGGACUCGUCGACGUACAACCGUGCUAAGAAGGACAACUAUGGGGACGGGGAUCAUAAGGAGUAUGGGAGUAAGAAUGGGGGUUCACACGGGGGUGGAAAUUCUGGUGGGAGCAAGUACGGCGGAAGUCGUGGUCGCGCGAGCAAUGCCCAUGGCGCCAGUGGAGAUCGAUUCGGGGGAGGAUAUCGGGGAAAAUAUGCCAGUGACUAUUCCGAUAAUGGCAACGCAUACUUGAACGCUGGGGGUGGUGGAGGGUACUAA